AGUGGGUGGCGGCGGGCGGUCGGAGCGGGAUGGAGGAGCGGUGGUUCCCCGGCGCUGUGGCGUUGCUGCUCCUGCUGCUGGCGGCCGGCGGGGCCAUCCCGCCGCCGGAGGAUGCGGCGCGCAUGGCGCGCUUCGUGCUGCACAACUGCGACUGGGGCGCGCUGGCCACGCUCUCCGCGCAGGAGGGGCUGCGCGGCCACCCCUUCGCCAACAUCUUCUCCCUGAGCGACGGGCCCCCCGGGCCGCUCAGCGGCAGCGGCGUCCCCUACCUCUACCUGACCGACAUGGAGAUCUCCGUGCAGGACCUGGAGAUCAAUUCAAAUGCCUCCUUAACUGUGUCUUUGGCACAGACUCCUUACUGCAAGAAGCACAGAUAUGAUCCCCAGAAUCCCCUCUGUGCCCACAUCAUCUUCAGUGGGAAUGUCAUAAAGGUGAAUGAUUCAGAAGCGGGCUUAGCAAAAAAAGCAUUAUUCAGUCGCCACCCUGAGAUGGAAAGUUGGCCUAAGGAUCACAAUUGGUUCUUUGCCAAAUUCAACAUCACCCAUAUUUGGGUCCUGGACUACUUUGGUGGAUUGAAAAUUGUGACACCAGAAGAAUACUACAAUGUCAAGCCUUAGUAAGUACUGAGGUUUCACAUACUAAAUCUCAUCAUAUUUGGAACCCGUAGAACUUCUGCAUAUUAAGUUUGUAUUGCGUGUCUCUGUUUUUUAUACACAUUCAUGUAUUUUCCCUAACUAGUCUACUGGAUGCAGUGCCUGAAAUUGUAAGAUACGUUUGAAUAAGGGAUCAACCUACUUAAAAAUAUCAAGUAUAGUAUCUAAAGAACUAUCUGUGGCUAACUUCACUUGUACCUUGGCUUAAAAAAUAGAGUUUCUUGGGAGGAAGGACUCUAUAGAGUGGGCGCAGUCAUUGUCCCCUUUUUGAGUUAAUUGCAAGACAGAUGAUGUUUUGGUAAAAGUAGUGAGAUAUGAUGCUGUAUUAAUGGGAUUGCAGCAAUGUUGCUUAAUGCUUUUUAAAAAAUGCUUUUGAGUCUAUCAUUACGAUGUUCAGGUAUAGAGAAAUGGUGUUUUAUUGUCUACAUAAAAAUAAGUCUGGAAAACUUUCAAAUACAUUUUAGCACAGUCAAGACUUACACAUUUGAUUUCACUCUUACUCCUUGUAGGUGGAAGAAGAUCCUCGCUGAUGCUGAUACACAGAUGAAUUACUUGAGUUGUUUCAUGAAAGAUUUAUUUUUUAAUAUGUGUUGUAGAGCUGAAUUAAUCAUGCAAAAAAAUCAAACACUUUGCAUUGUUAAUGAGCUUGUAUAACCCUUCUGAAGUAAUGUGAAUUCUCACUAACUAGCACAGCUUGAAUCAUGUCACACUCAGAAACCUUUGUGCAUAAGUCAUAACUAGAUCUUAUUCACUGGACAUGAUUCUGGAAAGAUAUCUGUCUGACAGUCUGCAUUCAGAAAUGCUGUGUUUACUGGAAAAUAAAGGAUUAGUCCAGUUCUAAACCUUCCAGUGCCUUAGUUAAAGAACAGUGGUUUGUGAGUAUUUCCAAUUUUGUUUUAUUUUUAAUACCAGUUUAGUUUAGAUCUUUAUGGCAAAGUACUACAGGAUGGCUCAGCUGACUGUGGAAUGGAAAGCGUUGCUUGUAUGACGAUGGCAAAUGAUAUGCUGAGUUCCCAAAUUGUGUUAAGAAUUUUCUUUGCACACUAAUACAUGCACUUGUUUGAGCCAUUGUUCUAUUUGUUACCUAUAUUGAGUGUGCUGUAGAAUACAACUUGUGUUUAUACGAACUAUGUGUAUAGCUCAGGAUUAAGUUCUUGGUAACACUUAGUUGGCAGUGGUUAUGGGCCCUGACUCUUUAAAAGAAGCAGGGUAUGGUAAUACCUAAAGUAUCUGUCUUUAGCGUAAGGAGUGUAGUGGCUUGUAAGUUAAAGAAGAAUGUUGUAAAGGGUAGAUGUUUUCUGAUUAUAAUUCUGAAAUCUUCAGCUGUGGUAGUCUGAUCAAAUAGCAACAUAUCAGCUUUUAUUACCCUCAGCAGUAGCAAUGAGCAGAGUUUUGGCUUUGAAGGCUUACACAGUAAUUUUGGGUUAGUAACCCAGAAGUGAGAAGAAAGCAAUACAGUAUGAUAGAGAUGAUUCAUGACUUGUAGACAAUGAAAAUGAAAGGUGUGCGUAAUUAAUUCUGUGUUAAAAUAAGCCCCACACAACCACAAAAAGAAAUAACACCUUUUUGCCUCCUCUCUCAUCUACCACAUGCUAGGUUCACAAAUACCCAAAAGUGAUUAUGAAAACUGUUGAUUUUACAAUGAGCAAAUAUUACCUAGUUGUCAGAGUAAAGAAUGUGAGAACUUAGACUCCUUAGAGGCAAAUCAAUGUAUGGAACAGUGGAAUUCAUCAUAUCAAAUCAUCCCUACAGCUUAAUGUGGUUAUUAUAUUGCUGCUUGCUGGAAUGAUUUGUGAAAGUAUUUUUGGUGUAAUGUAUUAUGUUUUCCUUCUCUGCAAGGAGAAAAAAGGUACUUGUUACUGCUAUUUGAAACUUACAAUAUGGAAACAAUUUAUAUUGAACAGAUAACACUGCCAUUAAAUAUGAAAUUAGAAAAUAGUUUUAUAUAAAGCAUAACAAUUGUGGAAACUCAAGUGAUCCUCUGGUAUGGGCUCAGCUCUUACCAUGGGGGCACCUGGAUGCCUUACAUGUCACUCUGCAACUUCUGAUGCGUGAGAUUGAUGCUGUGCUUUUAUUAAAAUUAAAGUAUUUUUUGACAA